ACGAUCAUUCUCGACACCUGCGUGGCCGCUGCCGUCGCCCAAUUUGCCGCCCCGGCUUACCCAGCACCGGCCUACUCUGCACCAAAGGCCUACGCCCCAGAGCCCGCAUACGCCCCGACCCCGUACUGCUUCGAAUACAGCGUAAACGACCUAUCCACCUACGACGUCAAGAGCCAAUCGGAAUACAGCGACGGCAAAACCGUCAAGUGAUACUACAGCCCGAUCGAAGCCGACGGCACCAAGAGGAUCGUCGAAUACACCGCUGAAGACUACGGUUUAAACGCGAAAUUCAAGAAGGAAGACACCCCGUCUUACUGUGCCACAGUUUACAAAGCCACCCCAGCUUACAAACCGGCCAACUUUGCAACCGCGUACCCAGUACCAGCUUACCCAGCACCCGCCUACAAACCAGCCCCGUGA